UCUGGACAGUGCGGUCGUGUCUAAAAUGAAGUACAUACUGUUCUUUUGCCUCUUUCCCCUGAUUUACUGCAAUUCCAAAGACGAUUUGACAAAUCAAUGGAUAAAUGAUUUUAUGAAUAGCCAGCAAACACAUAACAAUAAGCAGAUCGGACCUGACUUGACACCAAGUAGGAAACUUUAUUUUUCACCUAAGCGGGAAUCGAACCCGCCACCCGUUCGAAAACCACCCAACCUACGACAGAACGAACAAGUGGGCAGGACUUGUCUGACUAAAAACAAUGACAAUGGAGAAUGUGUCUCGUAUUAUCUGUGUGAUGAGAAUAGCACGAUAAUCGACGAUGGAGCGGACCUUCUUGAUAUGAGAGACGGCAGCAAAACCUGCAGAGACUAUUUAGAUGUUUGCUGUGAACUUAGUAAUAUAAAAGGCAGUGGCGAGAGCACAUCCUCCGCAGAGGAUUCUAACGAAAAUGCUUUCGAUAGUGCUCCUGCCAUACCAAACCCAACUGCUCCCAACAAACAAACUCCACUAAACCUCCCAGUUUCCCAACGUCCCUUCAUAAUACCGACUGGGAGUAAAAUAUCAAGAUCUGAAUGUGGCUGGAGUAAUAUAGAAAUGAGCCCAUACAAACCGAAGGAUCCAGCAUUCAGACCCACCAACGUUACCAGUGCAUUUUAUGGCGAAUAUCCUUUCAUGGUCGCGGUUAUGUCGAGAGGCGAUAGUGACGUUUGGUCGUCGAAAAACUACGUCGGCGGCGGCGCAUUAAUACACCACAGAGUAGUUUUAACAACCGCUCAUUGGCUUGUAUUAAAUAAACUACAAGCCAAUCAGUUGAAGUGCCGUGCUGGCGAAUAUGACGUGCAAACAGUGAAAGAGCAAUAUCUCCACCAAGAGAGGAAUGUCAAUAAAGUUGUUAUACACGAAAACUUAUACUUAACUUCUGUAUACAACGACGUUGCUCUAUUGUUUUUGGAGACAGAGUUCAGAGCAGCCGAAAAUAUUGGUAUAGCCUGUUUGGCAUCCGUCCCUCCCCCAGGAGAGGAUUGCUACUCCAUGGGCUGGGGCCGAGAAGCGUCUAUUGAACGACGGGGUUAUUUCGUAAAAGUGCUGAAAAAGGUCCCACUACCACUUGUAAGCGCGAAAGAUUGUGAAUAUUUGCUUCAGACGAAUUCUCGUCUUGGUCCAUAUUUUGAACUCCACAAUUCGCUGACAUGCGCCGGCGGUGAAAGUAUGGUUGACACCUGCACAGGCGACGGUGGCUCCCCACUUGUUUGUGCUGUUGAAACGAGUGGUAUUGAAAAACGAUAUGUGGUGACGGGUCUGGUGGCCUACGGGCUCGGGUGUGGCAAGAUAGGUGUACCUGGAGUCUACGUGAACAUCCCACACUUGUACAACUGGGUGACAAACCAGCUCGACCGGGAACAUGUUGACAAGAAAUUUGUUUUAUAAAAAUAAAUUA